GAAAAAACUCACUCGUGCGUGUUUUUCCCAAAUUGCACUCGAAAGCAUACUAUUACUUAUACAUAUUAUCAUUGUUUAUGUCAAUUAUUUUUUAAUCAUAUAUAGACCCCCAGGUAUGCCGGCACGAUCGUUUUCGCAUUUUUUUCUUUCACCUUAGGUGAUUUAGCAAUAGAGAAAACAGUAACGGAAAUUUGGUAUUCAGUACUACUCAGCGAAACAACAUAUAAAUCACUUCAUGCAUCUCUUCAAGAGCUUAUCCACUUCGCGUCUGCGCAGAACCUGCAGUUGAAAACAGCUGGUUUGAUAACAAUCGACGAAAUGCAAUUCAAACAACUUCAAGAAGUAUGGAAAACAUGGCUCGGUCUGCGGGUGCAAGGAACCAAGUGGAUUCAAAAGCAACGGGAAGAAGUAGUCAAUUCAGAUCUGGCCAUUGUCGCACAACACUCCAGAUACAUUAAAAAUGUGCCAGUAGAACAUGCAAAUACGGUAAAGAAAUGGAUAGGCGACGGCGUUUUUAAGCGAACGCAAGCACCAACGUUCUCUGAGAAUCCGACGUUGACUGGUGUUGAUUUGGCUGCAAGACAUGCCCCUUAUUCAUAUGGCAUUCCACCAGGAGAAUAUCCCUUCUCUGGCUGGGACUAUCUCGACGUGAAGAAAUUCAAGAGAUCCAGUUGCCUCGUUACGAUGUAUGGUGAUUAUAUUGAAUGCAUUCUACGAAAUGUCAUGAAAAAGUUGUCCAAGCAACAAGUCAGUUUCCAGAUCGUACUGAGCGAUUGCAUGGAUAUCAAACAACAUCUCGAAGUGGACACAGUGUAUGAUCGCAUUCUAACAUCAAACCUAAUGGACUAUGUAUUUCUACCAAACUUGCUGAAGCUGUGUUCUCAGAUUCUAAACCGCGACAAUCAACAUGCAACUAUCAUUACCGAAACCAUAGGGUGGGACGAUAUAAUUCCCGAAGGAGGCCUUUCAUUUCCUUCAAACAUGUUGCAAAUACCAAAGUUAAUGAAAAUGGCGUUUGAAGAUACAAAGAGGUAUCCAUUUACCAAGGAGGACGGCGGCGGAAGUAUCGUUAUAGAAUAUCUAGAUAACUCUUCUGAAUUCUACAAUUAUCUUCGAGCUAUAUUUUACGCCUAUCGUUAUCAAAGAAUGGCGGAAAGUGGGUCUACCAAUCACAAACCUACGAUUCCAGUUAUCAAAGAAUUGGGUAAUGAUUUUCAACUGCGUCUUCGGGAUGGUAUUCGAAACGAAAACAGAAUCGUUUUCUUCAGGCCUGCAAUUAACAGGCGAAGAGUGACUGCUGUUACAGGCAUGGAGCGCUACUUGGAGUGGGUACCACUGCAGAAAAAGUGAAAUGUUAUUAUUGAGGUUCAUAUUUGAAUGUAAAGGGGGGGGGGGGGAGCAUGAACGAUGGAGAACCAAAUUUAAGAGUAAGAAAAUGAGACAAUAUAUAAUCAUGGUUUAAGUUAACUUUGCAAGAAUAAGCAGUUAUUUUAAAUUGUUAUCAUUUAUAUAAUAAACUAUUCAUGUGAAUUCACAAGAAAUUAUGUUGAUAUUUAAUUCAAGUAUUAUAAUAUUAUAAUAUAAUAAGCUAUUAUUUAAAGUCGCAAAAGAUGAUUUGAUUGAUUUCCAUAUUUUUCUUCAGCAGAACAACAUUAAAAAGUUGGAAGAAAAGGAAAUUUAUGGGAAUAUAUUAAAAUAUUGCGUGAUGC